AAAACGCAACGUGUCAACCUCCACCGAAACCCAACUAAUAUUCCUUUUUUUUCCAAAGCCCCAACAAAAAUUGCAUCGAGCUUUGGGAAUCCAAGACCCCCAAAACACAAGUUAGAUCGAUUCGAUCGAACCAAUAUGGAGAAUCUAUGGCGAGCAGCGACGGGUCAAGACCCGAGCCCAGAGGAUUACAGCGGCGUGGAAUUCUGGUCGAACCCAGAGCGGUCCGGGUGGCUAACCAAGCAAGGCGAGUACAUCAAGACUUGGCGGCGUCGCUGGUUCGUGUUGAAGCAAGGAAAGCUCCUCUGGUUCAAGGACUCUCACGUGACAAGGUCAUCGAGUCCACGUGGUGUGGUCCCAGUGGGCACGUGCCUGACGGUGAAGGGAGCCGAGGAUGUCCUCCACAAGCCCUGUGCCUUCGAGCUGUCUUCGAAUCAAGACACGAUGUACUUCAUCGCUGACUCCGAGAAAGAGAAGGAGGAGUGGAUCAACUCCAUCGGACGAUCCAUUGUCCAACACUCGAGAUCCGUCACUGAUUCUGAGGUUGUCGAUUACGUUAGCAAUCGCUCAUGAUUUUUCACAACAAUCAAAGGUGCGCGCGCAAAGCUUAUAUAACGUUGUGUAUAUUUUGUUGUUAAACAUCAUUUCCCCUGUUUUAUAAGACUGUCUUUUACUAUUGGUAUAGUAAGAGCUUGUAAUUUUGUGGAUCUCUCUCUCUCUCUCUGAUUUGCUAAUUAUAAAUUCCGGUGUUAUCUUAUUUAUGAA